AGAACCUCCUCUUCAAGCCUCUCUCUGUUGCUGCUCUUUUUCAAUCCACUGAACUGAUAAAAGUUUGAAUACCCCAUGAUGAAAUGUUGAAUCUUUUCAAUUCCCAUGGUGAUUUCCAGUGUGGGUUUCACUUGCAGAUCAUACAAUUUCCCUGUUCGUACUCUCCAGUACCACCGCUUAUGGAAGAUUCGGUUCAACACUGUUGCUGCUUCAAUUGAGACUAUUGAUGAUGGUUUCACCAAAGACGGUGAUCGUCAAGACAAGGUUUCUGUUGGAACAAGGGACUGUGAGUGGAAGCAACUAAGUUCGAAAGACCUUGGAAUAAGCAGUUCAAUGAUUGCAAAACCCACUAGAAAAGUGCUUAAUGGCCUUAAGAACAAAGGACAUGAUGUUUACCUUGUGGGAGGCUGUGUACGGGAUCUUAUACUGAAACGGACACCAAAAGACUUUGAUAUACUCACCUCUGCAGAGCUUAAAGAGGUGGUUCGGACUUUCCCAAGAUGUGAAAUUGUUGGCAGAAGGUUUCCUAUAUGUCACGUAUACGUUGGAGAUGAUUUAGUAGAGGUUUCGAGUUUUAGUACCUCUGCACAGAAUUCCCGGGGAAACAUGAGAACUGAACUUAAAGAAUCGAGUGGCUCAGAUGGUGACGAGGACUGUAUCCGUUUGAAUAACUGUUUGCAGCGUGAUUUCACGAUUAAUGGUUUGAUGUUUGAUCCAUAUGCCAAAGUGGUAUAUGACUAUCUGGGAGGAAUAGAAGAUAUUAAAAGAGCUAAAGUUCGAACAGUUAUUCACGCGGGCACGUCUUUUCAACAGGACUGUGCUCGGAUUCUUCGUGCAAUAAGAAUUGCUGCGCGUUUAGGUUUCAGAAUGUCCAAGGAAACCGCUCAUUUUGUUAAGAACCUUUCUUUCCUAGUACAAAGACUUGACAAGGGAAGGAUCUUGAUGGAAAUGAAUUACAUGUUAGCUUAUGGAUCAGCAGAAGCUUCUUUGAGAUUGCUGUGGAAAUUUGGGAUACUAGAGAUUAUUCUACCAAUUCAGGCAGCAUAUCUUGUACGCAGUGGUUUCAGGAGACGUGAUAAAAGGACUAACAUGCUUCUGUCUCUCUUUGCUAAUUUGGAUAAAUUAUUAGCGCCUGAUAGGCCUUGUCACAGCAGCUUAUGGAUAGCAAUCUUGGCGUUUCAUAAAGCACUUGCUGAUCAACCUCGAAGUCCUUUAGUUGUAGCUGCGUUUUGCCUCGCUGUUCACAACUGUGGAGAUAUUCUAGAAGCUGUGGAAAUCACAAAGAAGAUCACUAGGGAACACGAUAGAAGCUUCAUCGAGCUAGUAGAGCCCGAGGAUAAUCUCGACUUCGAAACCCUGUUGGACGAGGUCAUGGAUCUUGAUGUUUCUAUCAAAGAUGCCUUAAACCAGAUGACUGAUGGGUAUUUUAUAUCGAAAGCUAUGGCAGCUUACCCUCAAGCACCGUAUUCAGAUAUGGUGUUUAUACCGUUGCAAUUGUACCUUAGAGCAAGCAGAAUCUUCGAGUGUGUGAGAAAAGAGGAGACACAAAUGGGAUUUGAGGCGAAGCAAGGAAGCAAGAUCGAGUAUGGUUCGUUACUUUCAGGGGAUUUCCCGGAAACAAGGCAUGUCUUUGCGAGGGUCGUGUUCGAUACUGUCUUUCCUUUAAAUCCAUCUCGAGAAUUGUAAAAAAAAUCUUUUGAGUCCUUAAAAAAGCUUGGGACACCAAAAGACUUCUUGGGAGGUGGAGAAAGUAACCAGGCUUUGAUUUUACAGAUAUCUUUCUUUCACUUCGAGUCUUCUUCACUUUUUUGGCGCGCCGGAGUUCGUUAGGCCGUUACAUGAAAUGACAUAUUAGUCCGUAUGAUUUGCGUUUGUUUCUUUACCAUUUCAAGUUUAUAAAACUGUAAAUAAUUGAAACUCCUACGGUAAAAACAGAAAAUUUGCUCCAUUCAAAUGGAUUUUCAUAGUUUAAUA